AUGAUUACAGGUCACAGCGGGGUCAACCAGCUCGGCGGCGUCUUUGUCGGUGGUAGGCCCCUGCCCGACUCGACCCGCCAAAAAAUCGUCGAACUGGCCCACUCGGGCGCCCGGCCCUGCGACAUCUCACGCAUCCUCCAGGUCAGCAACGGCUGCGUCUCCAAGAUCCUCGGCAGGUACUAUGAGACGGGCUCGAUAAGGCCAAGAGCGAUCGGCGGUAGCAAGCCCCGGGUCGCGACGGCCGAGGUGGUCAACAAAAUAUCCUUGUACAAGCAGGAGUGCCCCUCGAUUUUCGCCUGGGAAAUUCGGGAUCGCUUGCUGCAGGAGGGCGUCUGCUCCAACGACAACAUACCGAGC